GGCACAUAAGGUAUCCCCAUUGUCUAAUUACACGUGAUGAUGAUGAUGCCGAUGGCUAAAAUGGCUUACUACAUAGCAGAAGGUGGGCGAGGGUGGGACAAGUGGGCAAUGUACAAGGGUACCUCCUGCUUGGGGAAAGGGCCGGCUUUAUUAUCCCUCGGUAAUCAGAAACGACGCUAUUGGAGGAAGGAAUUCGAUCGUCUGGAAGCAGCGGUUGAACUUCGACCGGCAUCAUCACUUUUUCUUGUCUUUCGUCUUUCGCCAUUCGCCAUUCCCCGAAACUUGUAGGACAAGAGAAGAGUUGUUGGAUACAACCCUUUCUCUCUCUCUCUCUCUCUGCCCUCCUUCUUACUCGUUCCCUAUUCGUAAUGGCAUCUUCAAUGGCACUAAGGAGGUUAGCCGCUGGCUCUGCCUUCUCGAGGGCAGCAAGAUGCCAAGCCAGAACCUUCUCUUCCACGCGCCCUGUUUCUCGGAUCAUCGCGAAUAACCCACUACGGGCUAAGGAAGCGCCGAUACAUGUUAGCAACAAAUACCCCGUUAUCGACCACGAAUACGAUGCCAUCGUCGUCGGUGCGGGCGGUUCCGGGUUGCGGGCGGCUUUCGGUCUGGCGGAAGCUGGCUUCAACACAGCUUGCAUAUCGAAGCUCUUUCCCACGCGAAGCCAUACCGUUGCUGCACAGGGUGGUAUCAAUGCCGCCUUGGGAAACAUGCACGAGGAUGACUGGAGAUGGCACAUGUACGAUACAGUAAAGGGCUCUGAUUGGCUUGGCGACCAAGAUGCUAUUCAUUACAUGACGAGAGAGGCACCCGCAUCUAUUAUCGAAUUAGAGAACUACGGCUGCCCGUUCUCGAGAACGGAAGACGGGAAAAUCUACCAGCGUGCUUUCGGUGGUCAAUCGCAGAAGUAUGGCAAGGGUGGCCAGGCCUACCGUUGCUGCGCUGCCGCUGACCGAACCGGACACGCUCUCCUGCACACUCUCUAUGGCCAAUCUCUACGACACAGCACUAACUACUUCAUUGAGUUCUUUGCCCUCGACCUGAUCAUGGAAGGCGGGGAAUGCCGUGGUGUAUUGGCCUAUAACCAGGAGGAUGGUACCCUUCACAGAUUCCUUGCGCAGAACACUGUCCUAGCUACUGGUGGAUACGGACGAGCCUACUUCAGCUGCACAUCGGCGCACACUUGUACUGGUGACGGUAUGGCCAUGGUUGCCCGCGCCGGUCUUCCCAACCAAGAUCUCGAAUUCGUCCAAUUCCACCCUACAGGUAUCUACGGAGCCGGUUGCUUGAUUACCGAAGGUUCCCGAGGUGAGGGUGGUUACCUCCUCAACUCCGAAGGUGAGCGAUUCAUGGAGCGAUAUGCGCCUACCGCCAAGGAUUUGGCCAGUCGUGACGUCGUCUCGCGAUCCAUGACCCUGGAAAUCCGUGAGGGACGAGGUGUUGGUCCUGAGAAGGAUCACAUCUACCUUCAACUAAGCCACUUACCUGCUGAGGUCCUUGCUGAGCGUCUACCUGGUAUCUCUGAGACUGCUGCUAUCUUUUCUGGUGUUGAUGUUCGCAAGCAGCCCAUCCCCGUCCUACCGACUGUCCACUACAACAUGGGUGGGAUCCCCACAAAAUACACUGGUGAGGUUCUCACUGUUGAUGACAAGGGUAGCGACAAGGUCGUUCCUGGUCUGUUCGCUUGCGGUGAAGCCGCUUGCGUCUCCGUCCACGGUGCCAACCGACUUGGUGCCAAUUCUCUGCUGGAUCUCGUAGUCUUUGGACGAGCCGUUUCUCACACCAUCCGAGAUAACUUCACCCCCGGUGCUAAGCCCAAGCCUAUCAGCGCUGAUGCUGGUGCCGGAUCGAUUGAGGUCCUCGACCAGGUCCGCAACUCCGAUGGCCCCAAGAGCACAGCCGAAAUCAGACUCGCCAUGCAAAAGGCCAUGCAGACAGACGUGAGCGUCUUCCGUACACAGGAAAGCUUAGAUGAGGGUGUCAAGAAGGUCACCGAGAUUGAUGGUACCUUCUCUCAAGUCGGAAUCAAGGACCGCAGCAUGAUCUGGAACUCGGAUCUCGUCGAGACCCUCGAGUUAAGGAACCUUCUCACUUGCGCUACCCAAACGGCUACUGCCGCCGCUAACCGAAAGGAGUCCCGUGGCGCUCACGCCCGAGAAGACUACCCUGAACGAGACGAUGAGAACUGGAUGAAGCACACGCUCACCUUCCAGAAGAAGCCCCACGGAAAGGUCGACCUCGGAUACCGACGAGUCAUCGCCACGACGCUUGAUGAGAACGAGUGCAAGGCCGUCCCGCCGUUCAAGCGUACUUACUAAACAAAAUAAAAACCCGAUCAAGCGACGGUAGUGUGGUAUCAAUAGACGGACGGCUAUGGGCUUCCUUAAUGUCAGCAAUGGGGGUAUGAGUUGGAGGCGUAUCCUGGGCUUGGCAGAUUGGGGUGGAGUGUGAGAUGAGCCAUCCAAUGUGGCGGGGACCUACUGUAUGUGUCUUAUGCAUGGUUUUGCCAACGAUGUGUAUACGGAUAGAAUACCAAUAUUUUUAACUGUUCAAACUUGGGCGCGGUGUAGUUGAUAGUGAGAUGAUAUGUGAAUUGCGGUUGAGCAGAAGGAGUAGGUGAUAGGGGGCAAUACAGAGAGGAAUAUAAAGCAAAGGAACCUAAGAAGAAGAAAAUGGAUACCAGGUGCCGGAUUCGAACCGACUUCUCCUUCGUAGUAAUCCGCCCUACGUUCUGCCCUCUUUACUGUGACUCAGCCUUCCACAUAUUUACUGCACUAGUGCAUAAGACCAUCGAUUACGUGCUGGCUAUUAGUCCACUGAGCUAGCCAGGAUAUCGGGCGUACUGCUCCUCGGGCGACUUCGCCAAUAGUCUGACCUGGCUUGCAGGACGAUGGGGGUUUACUAUGGUAUAUGUGGCGUGUGGUGUUUAAGUCUGUGACUCAGGGAUAUAUAUAUGUGUGUGUGUGUGUGAUGGUGGACGAUAGUUGGGUCGGCACGAGUAGGG